AAGGGUUGCGAGCCCGCACCACAGUAGGAUUCGGCGUUCAGGCAAGAGACAUAACGGAAGCUUGUCGCAAGCGUAACAGUCCUUUUCGACUUUAAUCUCCAACCAUCAGACAGCCGCCCCCGUCUAUCUCUCAGCUGAUUUGCUCGGCAAACGCCCCGUUACCUCCGGUACACCCUUGGAAGAACACGAUGCGCCAAUUCCUCGCCGUCACUGCUGUUCUAUGUUUCACAUUCAUCGUCGUUGAUGCCAACGUUGAUGUGAUCAUCGACCGGCUCAAGUCUCUGGUGAGGCAACUGGUACCCAACGAGGCCCUAGCGCAGCAGUUCAUGGACCGCAUCGACAGCACACGAGAGUGUCUGCUUAUGGCCAGAGACAUCAACCCAGCCAUAAUACAGCGGUUCACCGAAGGUAUCAUUCCGACGGCUACGGAGUGCGCUGCGAGGACCAUAGGUAUCUCCGAUCGUAUGGAAAGAAGCAAUGCGCUAAGAGCUUGCUUUCAAGAGAGGGCCGACAGAUUCAAGGCAUCCAGCGGUAUGACGCCCGAUGAAAUGACCAUGUUCGACAAUGCAGGGCGCUGCAUUCAAGAAAGAGUCCAACCGUGAGGAUCAAGAACGUGGAAGACGACUGUUGCACCGCAUCCAGUCUGUGUAGUUAGCAAAACAUUCGCAGCUCGGCCUUGUCGGAGCUGGUCAAUUGUGCAUGAAAUGAAUGGUGAAAUAAACAAUCUGUGAAGUGUCAAGUUGUCCUAAGCAGUCACAGACGAAAUGUAUGAACUUAAGCAGAUUUUACAAUUAGACCCAUGGCCCCCGCAGAGGGUGAUGGGAGAUGUUUAUAAAGCCGUCACUUCAAAUUAAUAAAUAUUGAUCUCGCAUGA